GAUUGUUUCAUUCACAAAAAAAGACAAAAACUUCAGUUUGGUCAAUCGGACGCGCUAUGCACGCAAUAUUUUCGAUCAAAUCUUGGUAAUUUUGUGGUGUUUAAUCAAUAAACAAAGUAUUCUCAUUGCGUCAGGUGUGUCCAGUGCCCAGAUUAGUCAGCACAAUGAAGAUUGAGGAAGUGAAGAGCACCGUAAAAACACAGCGAAUUGCCGCCCACAGUCACAUAAAGGGGUUAGGUUUGGAUGAGAAUGGAGCUGCUUUGCAGAAUGCUGCCGGUCUUGUGGGGCAGAAGAAUGCCCGGGAGGCUGCUGGGAUUGUAAUUGAUCUGAUUCGUACGAAGAAAAUGGCUGGGAGAGCUCUUCUGCUAGCCGGUCCUCCGGGAACUGGGAAAACAGCCAUUGCAUUGGCUAUAGCUCAAGAAUUGGGCAAUAAAGUUCCCUUCUGCCCAAUGGUUGGGUCAGAAGUCUUCUCGGCAGAGAUUAAGAAGACAGAAGUACUCAUGGAGAAUUUCCGGCGAUCGAUUGGACUGAGAAUCCGGGAAACAAAGGAAGUGUACGAAGGUGAGGUGACGGAACUCACGCCUGUUGAGACAGAAAACCCAAUGGGAGGAUACGGGAAGACAAUCAGCAAUGUGGUGAUUGGCCUGAAAACCGCCAAAGGUACGAAACAGCUGAAGCUCGAUCCCAGCAUCUACGAAUCCCUGCAGAAGGAGAAGGUUGAAGUGGGUGAUGUGAUCUACAUCGAGGCUAAUAGUGGAGCAGUCAAGAGGCAGGGACGCAGCGAUACCUUCGCGACGGAAUUCGAUCUGGAGACCGAGGAAUACGUCCCACUGCCGAAGGGAGAUGUGCACAAGAAGAAGGAAGUUGUGCAGGAUGUGACACUCCAUGAUCUCGAUGUGGCCAAUGCACGACCACAGGGUGGGCAGGAUGUUCUCUCAAUGAUGGGGCAACUGAUGAAGCCCAAGAAGACAGAAAUCACAGACAAGUUGCGCAUGGAAAUCAACAAAGUGGUCAAUCGCUACAUCGAUCAGGGUAUAGCUGAGCUCGUUCCGGGAGUUCUCUUCAUCGACGAGGUUCACAUGCUGGAUCUGGAGACCUUCACGUAUCUCCACAAAUCCCUCGAGUCCGCCAUAGCGCCCAUCGUCAUCUUUGCCACAAAUCGCGGGCAUUGCGUCAUUCGUGGCACUGAUGACAUUGUCUCUCCGCAUGGGAUUCCUCUGGAUCUCCUCGAUCGUCUCCUAAUCAUUCGCACCCUCACCUACAGUGUGUCGGAAAUUGAACAAAUUAUCAAGCUCCGCGCGCAAACGGAAGGGCUGCAGAUUGAGGAAUCCGCCGUGGGGGCUCUCAGUGAAAUCGGCAAGACCACGACACUCCGGUACGCUGUCCAAUUGCUCACACCAGCCUACCAGAUGUGCAAAGUCAACGGGAGGAGUGUGAUCACCAAGGAGGAUGUUCUGGAGAUUAGCAGCCUCUUCCUGGAUGCCAAGAAGUCAGCCAAGUUCUUGUCUGAGAAAAAUAACAAGUACAUGAUGUAAACUGCAAGAUUCCAAAUAAAUAAAGCUUCACUAAAAUUUAA